AGGAGAGAAAAUCCACUCCCGUGUCACCCUCUAGUAUAAACCCGAGCUGAACAUGCGCAGUUGCUUUAACUGUUACGAAACACGGUACGGCAGUGGGGCACAGGACGUUCACAGAGGGAUUGUCAGGCAGCGGCCGCCGGCACGAACCCGGUACGCAGCGCUAACCCGAACCCAGAGAGGAGAGAAGAAAUGCGUUCUUCUCUGGGCUUGACAUAAACAUCACCCCCGGGGAUCCAGCCCAAGGCAGAAUAAAAUGGCCUCAAACUCCAUCCACUGGUUCCGUAAGGGACUGCGUCUCCAUGACAAUCCAGCACUACAGGAGGCGUUCCGGGGGGCUGGCACUGUGCGCUGUGUUUACUUCCUGGACCCAUGGUUUGCAGGCUCCUCUAAUGUCGGGGUCAACAGGUGGAGGUUUCUGCUCCAAUGUUUGGAGGACCUGGAUGCAAGUCUUCGAAAGCUCAACUCUCGCCUUUUUGUCAUCAGGGGCCAACCAGCAAAUGUGUUCCCACGCCUCUUUAAGGAGUGGAAGGUCUCGCGACUGACCUUUGAGUAUGACUCUGAACCGUUUGGGAAGGAGCGAGACGCCGCCAUCAAGAAGCUGGCAAUGGAGGCAGGGGUGGAGGUCAUUGUCAAGAUAUCCCACACACUCUACGACCUGGACAAGAUCAUCGAGCUGAAUGGUGGACAGCCUCCUCUGACCUACAAGCGAUUCCAGACCUUGAUAAGUCGCCUGGACCCACCUGAGAUGCCCGUUGAGACGCUGUCAGACAUGCUGAUGGGCGGCUGCAUCACCCCCAUCUCUGAGGACCAUGGGGAGAAGUACGGCGUCCCGUCCCUCGAGGAGCUGGGUUUCGACACAGAGGGCCUCCCUUCAGCCGUGUGGCCUGGAGGAGAAACUGAAGCUCUGACUAGGAUAGAGCGCCAUCUAGAGAGAAAAGCAUGGGUGGCCAACUUUGAGCGUCCCCGGAUGAAUGCCAACUCCCUGCUGGCCAGCCCGACAGGCCUCAGCCCCUACCUGCGCUUCGGUUGCCUCUCCUGCCGCCUCUUCUACUUCAAACUCACUGACCUCUACCGAAAGGUAAAAAAGAACAGCUCCCCUCCACUCUCCCUGUAUGGCCAGUUACUGUGGCGUGAGUUCUUCUACACAGCAGCAACCAACAACCCACGCUUCGACGAGAUGGAAGGAAACCCCAUCUGCGUCCGCAUCCCGUGGGACAAGAACCCCGAGGCCCUCGCCAAAUGGGCCGAGGCCAAGACUGGCUUCCCCUGGAUAGACGCCAUCAUGACUCAGCUGAGACAGGAGGGCUGGAUCCAUCAUCUCGCUAGGCACGCCGUAGCCUGCUUCCUCACCAGAGGGGACCUGUGGAUCAGCUGGGAGGAAGGGAUGAAGGUGUUCGAGGAGCUGCUUCUAGAUGCAGACUGGAGUGUGAACGCGGGCAGUUGGAUGUGGUUGUCCUGUAGUUCAUUCUUUCAGCAGUUUUUCCACUGCUACUGCCCCGUGGGCUUCGGCCGGCGCACCGACCCCAACGGGGACUUCAUCAGGCGAUACUUACCUGUCCUUAGAGGUUUCCCCGCCAAGUUCAUCUACGACCCCUGGAACGCCCCCGAAUCUGUGCAGGCGGCAGCCAAGUGUAUCAUAGGAAUCCAUUAUCCAAAACCCAUGGUGCACCACGCAGAGGCCAGCCGGCUCAACAUCGAAAGGAUGAAGCAGAUCUACCAGCAGCUGAGCCGAUACAGAGGACUUGGCCUGUUGGCAUCUGUCCCAUCCACAAACGGGAAUGGCAAUGGAGGAAUGAUGGCCUAUUCUCCUGGAGAGCAGCAGUCAGGGACCAGCAACAACAAUAAUUCACAUUUGCCUGGAGUGUCAGGAAGCUCAGUGGCCGCAGGGAAUGGCAGUGGGAGCAUCUUAUUUAACUUUGAAGGCGAAGAACAGACGGCGCCCAGCAGUGUUGGACAAAAGCAGCAACAGCGACUUCACACACUGCCACAGAACCAGCAACAGCAUGGAUACGACUCAGUGCCAGACGCCAGCCCGAACAUGACCAGCAGCCGACUCUAUCAUGAGUUUGCUGUGCCUCAACACCCAGGCCUCCUCCUGCACACCAGGGGCAGCAGCACAGGAAAGCGAGAACGCGAGUCAGAACGGGAAGGGUCGGGGGAAGAAGAGCCGGCGUCCUGCUCUAUGAACAAAAUACAGAGACAGAGUGCAGAGAUCUCAGUUAAACAUAACCUUUGGAAAAGGCUUAUGAGUUUCUAUGAGGCAAACGCAACAAAUAGUGACUGUUUUGAUGAUGCAAACUUCCCUCUCCCACUUCCAGACCUCUUAGGCCUGAUGGAGAUGAAGCUGCUUGAAAACAUUUUAGUCAGCUGUUUGAGGAAAAGCCCAGCGUCGCCUCCUAAGCUCCAGGUGGACAUAACUGCCGACUCCCGUCGAACUCAACGCACCAAAACUGCUCUGUCUGUUUUUUGGGGUUUUUUUUGUCCAAAAUUCCUUGAGGUAUAAACACAAAGGUGAAAAUGGGAUGAUUUUUUUAAUCCAGAGACUAAAUUUGCAGUGGGGACAGCAUCAGAAGGAUGUACAAAGAAACAAAAAGCCUCGAUACUACAGCUUGGUUAAAACGUUUGUAAUAAAAAAAGAAAAAAAAAGAAAAAGAUUUUAAUUAAUUAAAACUUUUAAAAAAACAACUGCUGCCACCAGCCAAUAAAAACUGGACAGACACUGAAUUACAGCUAUAAAUGUAGUAAUGGAUUUAUUUACCCCCUUGUUCUACAUCUCCAUACCUUUUGUGCUACGUCUUACAGGGUCCGUCAGUUAAAUCAGUCCCCUAAACCCCUUAAUCUGUUCCAUCAGGAAUAUAUCUUCACUGUUAAAAAAUGCAGUUGUUCUAUUUCUUGUUUGAUCAAUGCAGCAUCAGAGCAGAAAAUGGACAGUUUUCAUUGACCUGUACAGGAUUCUGAGUAUGUUAGGAUUUUUCUCCCUUAAAUCAAGCAAAGUAAUUCAGUGUUUUUACAGUGACAUCCAGGCAGGUACUUUCAGGGACUUUAUGUAACACAAUCUGUUGGUUGCUAGUUUUGCCUGUAAAUACAGUUUCCCUUUGACUGAUGGGAAAGCAUUUUCCAGUUUAGAGUUUAGUUUUUGGUUUUUAAGUCUGCCGCUGCCUGUUUGGUGUAUGAGAUUAUUAGUGACAGAAGGUUUAUUUUGUUCGGAGGUUUAAGACACAAAGCAUCAGGAAUCAAAUGUAUGUGUAUAUUUACACAGUGUGUGACAAAGCUCCUCCAUUCUUGGUCUUGGAGUCUCUUUUCAGUGUGUUACUACAGAUUAAUUUGAAAAUUGUUUUUAACUAGGUUGCUUAAGAUGUAAAAAACUGCCUUUUUAAAGAUAAUCCAUAAAGAAUGUAUUGGGGUUCCUUUGAUUGGUUUUUAUUUUAUUUAUUCUGAUAUCAUAGUGAGUCAUCCACACCAAAUCCAAUAUUUAUAGAAAGAUUAUAACUAUUGUAAAUAUUGUUUUCUUUAGAGUCGAUACAGGGAUUUAUUUCAAAGCACUUUAAAACCCUGUUCUUGUGAAAGAGCCGCAGUCAGUUUAAAAACUCCACCCGUCGCUGAAAGCCUUUCAUCCGAUCAGGUUUUGUUUCCUGAAACUUUCAUUCUCACGCCAAACCUCUAAAUGUCGACCUUCAUUAUAUCUGUGCUGUUUUUUGUUUAUUUACAGUGAUUUAUGUGAGCUUACGGUCAUGUAGAUAAAAUGUUUCUAUCAUCUGAAAUCACUCCAAACAGACAACAAAUUAGACAUAAAACUGGGAUCAGAUUACCUGCGACUGUUUUUAAAGGAAUGUUUGGUGCUCUUGUUUGCUUUUAUUAGUCAAGAAACGCUUAAAACCUGCAGAUCAAAGUUAAAAGGGUUUGUUAUUUGGACAGUUGCUCAGUUUGAUUGGGUAAGAUUGUUUUAAAAUGGAUGUGCAGUUCUCACUUUUCCUUUCAAAGUGAAACUAUUUUAAGCCCAUCGUAGGGUUAGAUUAGAGUUUUUACUAGAAGCGGCAGCUCCCUGGGUUGACUCUAAAUAAAUACAACUGCAUGCAGGAUCAUUUGCUGCAGUCUGUGUAGCACCAUUCCAGUCUGUUUCCUUCUCAUUUUACACCCAACCAACUUUAAUGUGCAAACAUGUUCAACCCUUUACUAUAAUUGUUCCACUUAGUUUUUUCUUGUUAUUGUAUUUGGUGUGGAAGCCCGCUAAUGGCUUAACAGCAAUUCUUCACAGCAUUACCCCCCCAUUGCUCGCUUGUUUCUUGAAGUGUUCAGAUUCUGCUGUGAAUAUUAAGUAGCUUUAAUCUUUGCUGUCUCAGAUGGGGGGGUAUCUGACUAUCUCCAUAUUGAACUUAAAUGCCUCUGAGUUAUGAUAGUGUUUUAUUUAGUGUUGAACAGAACCAAAUAUGUUUUCCUUUUGGUUUUUCUCAAGUCGGUAACAUUUUCACCUUUCUGUUUCUCCCUCCAAAAUCUCAAUGAGUGAUUUGUGUCAAAAAACAAAACCAAAACAAAUAUCAUCAUAGGAUCUUGACUCUGCACUUGGAAAUGUACAAGUUAACUUAAAAGACAGGCAGAUGGUUGCAGUCUCUUCUCAAAACUUGUUACUUUUUUAAAGAUUUCUUAUAAAAACCAAAAACUCGCUUAACAAAAAGUACAAAAAGAUUUAGGCAACAAGUUGAGCUAAAACAAAAGAAUAAGUGACUGCAUCUAAAUGAGCCUAAUUCUGUCAGAAAAGCAGAAACCGACAUUCCUUAGAACAAAGGAUGCCCUCCCAUGUGAAGGAUUUCUACUACUGGACAAGAAGUUAAACCACAUAUGAACACUCGUGGCUUCUUCUCAGAUUGUGCAAGCCAGAAUCAGCCAGAAUUUUAUGAAACUUGAUGUAAAACAAAAAAAAAAAGGGCCCAAAAUGUCAGGAUCUAAAUCCUGCUCGAAAAGUAAAAGCUGGAAAUAUCAGAGAACAUAUGAAGUCUGAUGGCGACUCCAUUGAGAUGCUGUCAAACAUUAGUCAUUAAUUUAUGUUCCAGAAGAAACUUUAUCUCACUAAAACACACUACAACACUGCAGGUUUUAAACCCACACACUCAGGCGAAUCCGAGAUGAUUUUAAUGAUAGCAGUGCCCACACAAUGCAAAAGAUGAUAUGCAUCAAGAUAUGUUUUGUCAUGUUUAGACAAGAGCAUUUUGAGGCCUGAACUGUUUUUUUUUUUUUUUUACAAAGGAAAAAACGUGGGACCGUAAUAGAAACCACUGUCUUCAGUGGGUUUUUUCUUUUAUUGCAGCCAAAGGGUUCAUGAAGUGUCUGACGUUUUCAACAUCUCGCAGGUCUGGGCUGCAGAAGCAGACAGUAGUUUGCUGCUGCUCUCCUAAGAAGGUUCUGGUCUCGGUGGAGCCGUGGUGACUCGUGGUGACUCAUGUCUGUACAGUACUUGAUAUUUGUUCACCUGUGGUUGUGCUGCCCUCAGUUUCAGGGGUAAUGUGUGGGGUGGGUGGGGCGAUGUUUUAAAGAUGUAGUGUUUCUAUAUUAUAAUUCUGUAUGUUCUCAAAAAGAUUUAAACAUUAGAUUUUUGUAGCUUUUAUUAAAAUAGCAAAAACAAGUUAAACCAACUUUCUACUCCUAUUUUUUUCCUUUAUUUUAUUUUUAUUAUUGUCUUUUUGUUCCCUUCUGUGACAGGAAGUUGAAAAAUACACCAUCUGUCAUCUUUGUAAGUACUGUGUUCUCUCUCUGUUUCUCCUUGUGUUGUGAAAGGCUUUUCUUGUGCUUGAUCAAGUUCAUGAUGGGGAAUUAAAAACUGCUACAACUUGA